AUGCCUGCUAAUGGGAACCGACCCUUGAAGUUGCAGUUUGGUCUGAUCAACCACGACUCUCGCUACCUUACUGCUGAGAGCUUUGGCUUCAAGGUGAAUGCAUCAGCCCCCAGCCUGAAGAAGAAGCAGAUAUGGACUCUAGAGCAGGACUCCCAGGAAACCCAGGUUGUCUUCUUGCGCAGCCACCUGGGCCGUUACCUGGCCUCCGACAAGGAUGGUAAGGUCACCUGCGAGGCAGACGGGCACAACUCAGACUGCCGUUUCCUCAUCGUGGCUCAGUCUGAUGGUCGCUGGGCCCUGCAGUCUGAGCAGCACCUGCGCUUCUUCGGUGGCUCUCGGGACUACCUGUCCUGCUUUGCGCAGAUUAUCACAGAUGCUGAGCUGUGGGCAGUGCACCUGGCUCUGCAUCCGCAGGCCAACCUGCUGUCUGUGGCCCGCAAGCGUUAUGCCCACCUCUCCGCAGACGAUGGGGAGAUUGCCGUGGAUAUGAACAUUCCCUGGGGCGUGGCAGCACUCCUCACCCUCGUCUACCUGGAUGGGAAGUACUGCCUAAAGACCUGCGACAGCCGCUUCCUCAGCAAUGAUGGAAAGCUCCUGACACAGAGUGGAAGGGCCACUGCGUACACGCUAGAGCUGAAGUGUGGGAAGCUGGCCUUUAAAGACUGUGAGGGGAAGUAUUUGUCUCCUAUUGGCCCUACGGGCACACUGAGGUCUGGACGCUGCUCCAAGCCGGGCAAAGAUGAACUGUUCGACCUGGAGGAGAGCCACCCACAGGUGGUUCUGAUGGCAGCCAAUGGGCGAUAUGUCUCCCUCAGACAAGGAGUCAGCCUCGCAGCCAAUCAGGAAGAUGAGACGGACAUGGAGACGUUUCAGAUGGAGAUUGACAAGGAGACCAGGAAGUGCACGUUCCGCUCCAGCCAAGGGAACUACUGGGCCCUGGUGGCCCACGGAGGCAUCCAGAGCUCCGCCACUGAAGUGUCAGCGAACACCAUGUUUGCAGUGGAGUGGCUUGACCACAAGGUGGCUCUAAAGGCUAACAAUGGAAAAUACAUCUGCAUCAAGAAGAACGGCCAACUCCUUGCUGUGAGUGACUCCAUAGGUACGAUGCUCCCUCUGACGUGUUUUAACUGUUUGCUGUCAGGCGAGGACGAGCAGCUCACUCUGAAACUGAUCAACCGACCCAUGCUGAUCCUGAGAGGAGAGAACGGCUUCAUCUGCCACCACAAGAACUCCAACGCCCUGGACGCCAGCAGAUCAGUCUAUGACAUUUUCACCCUGCAGUUCAGUAACGGGGCGUACAACAUUAAAGGUGUGGACGGCCGGUUCUGGUACGUGACCAGCACCGGGCUGGUGUGCUCGGACGGCGAGGCCCCUGAGGACUUCAGUCUGGAGCUCCUGGAGCACGGCCGCCUCGCCAUCCGAUGCAAGAACGGCAAAUACCUGCGUGGGGACCAGGGUGGCACGCUGAAGGGAGACGGACACAGCCUGAGCAGCUCAGCGCUGUGGGAGUAUUAA